AUGGUCGUCACGGCCCAGCCGCCCGCUGCGAUCUUGCCGGCGCUGAGGGAUGCGGUCAAGGCGGAGCUCGCGGCCCGCGGCGUUGCGGGGGCGGAGGUGAGGGGCAGGCUUGUUUCCUGUCUGGAGCGAGUGUCGAUCACGAGGGUGUUUGAUUUGGAGGGUUUGUGGGAGGUGCUUGGCGAUCUGGACAUUCCGCCGGGGAGUCCGGUUUCUGAAGCAGCCUCGUUGGUGCCGGAGCCGGAGGGGGAUCUGGAGGUGCUGCUGGCGUCGCAGGGGCAGGAGGAGGAGGUCGCUUCACCGGAGCCCGAGAGGAUUACUUUACCGGAUCUGAAGCCUGUGUAUGAGUCGCCGCAGCGGAGGCCGGUGAGGACGGAGAUUGCGGACAGUGAGGAGGAUGACAUCAGCGAUGGCGAGGACGGCGACAUCAACGAGGACAAGGACGAUGAAGCGCCCGCGCCGUCUUCUUCAGAGCUGUCGGAUCUGUCGCCGCCGCCCUCGUCAAUGGCUUCGAUGCUAGCUACACCCGACCCUGUCGUUGUCCCUGAAGACGACGAGAAAUCCGACUCCCACGAGGACCCCGGCAUGGGAGAUUUCACCGUUCAGGAAGAGAAGCUACCAACGCCUCCAGAGCAGCCACUUGAAGACCAACACAGAAGAAGCAGGAGCCCGAGGAUGGAAGCCGAACCCCCCGCGCCCCCGGAUAUAAUCCUCAUCACGCACUUCUCCACCCUCAUGACGGCCCUCUUCACCGGACGCGACAGGGCAUCGGCCCACGACGGGCUGCAGUCCCUAUCUGCCUUCCUACGCUACCUCUCGCGCAACCUCUCUAGCAGCCCGCUCAUCAUGCUCCUCAACAGCACCAGCUCCUCAAAGAGCAGGACGCUGACGGAGCCACCGCCGAUGCCCCCCUCCGAAGCACCACCACCACCAGACGAAAGAAGCAGCAGCAGCAGCAAGCCCCUCGCCGCGACGCUGCGGUCCGUCUUCAACCCGCCCCAGCUGGACAUACCAGGCUACGCCGGCCACGCGGCCGCGCGGCGGAACAAGCCCACCUUCGGCCUCGUUUUCGCGCAGCUGCUUGACCUGCACCUGCUGUGCACCAAGGUCCCGCGCACGAGAGAGGACGCGGAGAGGCUGUACGCGCCGCCUGACCGGAGCGACGGCGGCGGCGGCGGCGUGCGGUAUACGUGGGUCGUUGAGGUCCUGCUCGACGAGCUGGGCGUCUGGGAGGAAGGGGCCGCACCCGGGGUGAGACGGUGCAGGGAGCAGCGGUGGACGGCGGUGGACGUGAGGGCGGGCAGGGUCGUGGAUGCGUUCGAGGGUGCGGAGAGGACAAAGGGCAAUGUUGGCGAUGUUAGGGUCGUGGGCGGCUUUGGCGGCCCGCGGGUGUGA